GCGGCGGCGGCAGGAGUUUCCCCGACAGCUGGAGGUUGCGGCGGUGGCUCCUCCUCCGCGGGUCUCCGUUAGAGGCGAGAGACCCCCGCGCUCCUCCUUAUUGACAAAUACACAAAGGGCCGCGCCGGGGCCGGGCCGGGGACGCGUCUGGAGGCGGCAUGGGAGACAAGAAGAGCCCGACCAGGCCGAAGCGGCAGCCGAAACCCUCCUCGGACGAGGGCUACUGGGACUGCAGCGUCUGCACCUUCCGCAACAGCGCCGAGGCCUUCAAGUGCAUGAUGUGCGACGUGAGGAAGGGCACCUCCACACGGAAACCUCGACCCGUCUCUCAGCUGGUUGCACAGCAGGUUCCUCAGCAAUUCGUGCCCCCUACACAGUCAAAGAAAGAGAAAAAAGACAAAGUAGAAAAGGAAAAAAGUGAAAAGGAAGCAACUAGCAAAAAGAACAGUCAUAAGAAAACCAGGCCACGAUUGAAAAAUGUGGAUCGAAGUAGUGCUCAGCAUUUGGAAGUUACCGUCGGAGAUCUGACGGUCAUAAUUACAGACUUUAAGGAGAAAACUAAGUCACCACCUGCUUCCAGUGCUGCUUCUGCAGAUCAACACAGUCAGAGUGGCUCUAGCUCUGAUAACACAGAGAGGGGAAUGUCCAGGUCAUCUUCACCCAGAGGAGAAGCGUCAUCACUGAAUGGGGAAUCUCAUUAAAGUUUAUUUCCUCCAGUUUCUUUAGUCUCUUCUCUUUGAAACAUGCAAAUACAUAACUUCUGCCACCUGUUACCACAUUUUCAUGACAGAUUAUCCGUGCACAAUUGGUAUGUUUACUGAAACAUAAUUUAUGCAGUUUAGGAAGAAGAAAAACAAGUCCAGUGGUAGAAAUAAUUUAAAUGCAAUCUAAAAAUGCUUACGAAGCAUUUUCAGACCAACCGUUUAAUUUUUGUGUGUAAAGGUGCCAUGAAAAUGUGGUUUGAAUGUUCAUACACAGUGUUAUUGGUAAGUCCAUUUUCACUUUUAGUUUAGUGAAUUCUAACAACUCUUGGAGUCUCUACUAUUGGCAUGUACUGAAUUUAAGUUUUUAUAACAUAGUUCAAGCUGCCUAAAUAUGUAUUAUCUGAGAAUUGUGAAACAUAGUUAUAUGUAUGCAAGUCAAAGAUCAACUUAAUCAACUAUUGCUGCAACAGAAUUUUCAUAAUAAUUAUCUUAAAAACACCUGCUGGUACUUGGUGUGGUUAAAUAGGAAAAAUGUUAUUAAAUAAAACAUUUGUAUGAAUUUUUGCCAAUGUUUGACACAUUUUACUAGAUUACUGUUAAUGAAUUAUGUUAAUGGUUUUACCAAUAUUUUUUCACACUUAAAACACUUAUUGAAAUGUUUACAAGCAAAUACAAAAAAAAAAUUAGAAAAUACAUUCUAAACGUCGAUUGGUUAAUUCUGCAAUUCAGGAAAAGUAGUACAUUGUCACUAUACACUGGUAUUCUAUGUUGAACCUCAGAUGACUAAGCCUUUGGCAAAACUAACAUUUGGAAAUGCAAAAGUUUGAUAAAGCUUUAAAAAUAACUGAAGUACAGUUUUUGUUUGUGCUUAGUGCUCUUCUCUUGCCCCAGAUUUACCUAGCAUUAUAUAAUCAGUUACCAUUUCAUUACAGAAAUACCAGAUGUUGCGUAAGAAUAAAGAAAUAACGAUACUAUUUUUUUUUAAUUUUGGAUCAACUUCUUUUGAUUUUGAUUUGGCCUAUUAUAAAGUAUUAUGUCAUAAAUCAUGUAUAAAUACCCCACAGUAUCCUACUUUAUGGCAUAAACUGUCAAUAUUUUAUGCACUUAGCAAUAUACUGAUACAGAGCAGAACUAUUUGCAGUCCCAUCUGGUAUUAUGUAAAAUUACCAAUAAAAUAUUUUUGUGAAUACAGAUUUUUGCAUUUUUGUUUACAGCCAAUAAGUGUUUUGAUAUACACACAUUCAAUCCAUGUAUAGAUUUAAAUUAUAGAUUCAGGUUGAGUACAAAAGUCCAUUUAGCUCCUUUCAGUGAGAUAGUCCACUUACACUCCUGUGAUUCUUCUGUUUUUUUUUUACAUUCAAAAUAUAUAAUUUUAAGCCCAUGUGAAAGUUGGAUGGACCUUUUUUGUUAGUGAAUCCUAAAUUAUUCCCAACAUGUGGUACAUCUUCCUAACAGCUAAAAUAAUGGAUUUUUGUAGCCCCUGACAAUUGUGAUGUUUGGUGGUUUCUUGUAGUAAUGUAUUUUUCUGUUUUUAAUGCAGUACUUCUACAGGCACAAUAGUACUGUUCUAUUUUGUAAGAUGCUAGUUGUGAAAUACAGUUAGUUGCAUAAAAUGAAAGUCUGAUGUGAUAUCUGAGAACAUACAUACCUCAUUCCUUGGUGUUGCUGUUUAAACUUUUUAGACAUCAAAUGUUAAUUAUAGGCUAUUUCAGGUAGAUAACUACUGACCUGUUUAUUAUGUAUUCUGCUUUAUCUUACUAAAUAGGAUGUCUGUUCAUUGCAAUUACUUGGCCAAAUCUUAGUAUCUUUAAAAAGAAAAAAAAAAAAAAAAGAAAAAAAAAAAAGCAUUUCAAGGUUCUUAAAUGUUUUGGGGGCUGGGCUGUUGUUCUGAAUAACAUAUACUAGUUUUUAGAAGAAAAAUACAUGCUUCUCAAAUUUAUUUUUUUAUGUUUUAUUUUUAGGUGGGACUAUUUGCAGAAUAUACUGGUGUAAUGGAUUACAAGAGAACUGAAACUGUUUAAAGUAAGCAGUUUAAUGAUAGAAUCACAUUGCAAGAUGUUUCAUGAAAUGUGUUUCUAGUUUAAAGUGUAAUGAAUGCUAACACAUUUCAGUAUUCCUUGCAAACAAAUAAUAAUCUAUUACCAGUACUUCACUAAAUGGGAUAUUUAUUUUCAUUUAACAUUAUGUGAAUAAACCACCCAGCACUACCAACAAGAGGUCUCUUUGUAUCUUCGGAAAUAAGUAGCCAUUUGGUUUGGAAGGAAGGGAGGAUGGAGGGGACUUUACUAUGUUUCAACUGUCUCUAGAGAAUAAUCUCAUGAAUAUGGUACAAGUGUAGUUACAAUCAAAAAGAAUGCAGAAAAGUCUUACGGAAAUCACCGUUCUUUAUGGAAUGAGAUGUAGAAAAGCAAUUUGUGACUACAGAUAUAACAGAUGAAAGGCAGGACAGCUAGGAUCUAAAAUCUGAGCUGUGGUGGUUCUAACUGAAAUACUGCAUAGCCAGUGUUUAAGUUGCAAUGAUGCCUGUUUUGGCAUUAAACAAAGUUAAGAUAAUUUUUUGUCUGUGAUUAAAGGGAUGUGACAAGACUGACAACAGAGUAGACAAAAUCCUAAGUAGAAUAUGGCAAUUUGUUCAUAAUGUUCUAAUUUAAAUGAACUUCACUUUCUUAAUUUCUAAGUAAUUUUGACUUGUAGUAAUCCUAAGAUGCUUUUCAAAGUGUAAAUAUAUUUAAAAGCAUCUUUAGUCCAUUUAUAAAAAGUGAAAAUUUAAUGUUGUAAUGUAUUUUGAUUAGCUAAUUUACUCUGUGACUGUUCUCUCCAUAAGAAUUGUUGUUUGUAAAAUUCUGUAUAUGCACCAGUCUUCAACAGCCAUACAUUCUGGGUUGCUUACGAAGUAAUGAUGCAACAAAGGCAAGCGUGAUAAUGUUCCAUGUAAAUGAGUUCCUUUAUGUGAUGAUUGUCUGGCUUCAGAAAGGAAUAGGGGAAGGAAAUGGGGAAAAAUGGCCAAUAAUUAAUUCACUGAUAAAGUGUAUAAUAGUCUGGUCUUUAAUCUUCUUAACUUUACCGCUAACUGUAGGUGGUGUAAGGAAAAGAUACACUGUUAGUAGGCAGAUCUUUUAAUCUCUUCUGAAGUUAAGUUUGCAUCUUGGAAAGAAACAAAACUUGUUCUGCUUAGUAGUAGAUCAAGGUAGGCUGUAUGAGGUAUUGAUUCUAACAGCAGUUAUAACAAAACCAAACAAAGAGAACCCUUCACCUCUCAAACAUUCUCACUAUUAAAAGUCUCUAAAUUAAGGCUGCAGUUUUAAAUUUAAGUUUUAAACUAUUUAAAGCUUCUCUAGAUAUUCCCUGUUUUGUGGCAGAUUGUAAAAUCUCAAAAACCGUUUGGGUUUUAUAAUCUGUGCACUUUUAAAAAUACUAUGGAUAGGAUAUUUUUUGGUAUCCAUAUGAGACAGAAUACUUUUUGUAAUUUGUUUCCACCAGUUCUUUAGAGUGGUCAGGCAAAUCUUCUAGACUCGAUAUGUGUAUGGCUCUGCAUCUUAGGUUCUUCAGUUUUUUUCUCUUCUGUCUCAAAAGCACGAUGGUUUUCCAUAUUAUGCUGAUUGACUAUUGCUUUGUUAUACAGGAGGAAUUUGGCGUGGAAUUGUCUAUUGUGUACUUCUAUGUACAUCCAGCGUUCUUUAACCAUAUCUGAAUCCUCUUCUCUGUCACAUACCUUUAGUUGACUCUGCUGCCUGUUAGGGAGUCUGGGUGUGCUUCCCUUCAAAUAUCAGAAACCAUGUGGAAAAGGAAGUACGACUUAGAGUUUCUCCUCCAGCAACAGCAAGCACUGUACUUGUAAGUUUGUCCUGUACUAACUCAGGAAUAAGGUAGAUAAGAUAGAAAGUGAAUGCUGUUUUUGGCGGUGGACCAGUCAAAUAUAUUUUGCAAACACAUUCCUCUAUCUUAAUGUUAAGAUUUGGGUGUGCUGGAAGUACCGUUUGAGCUUUUGAAGGUUUUUCUUGCCUGAAUUCUGCCGCCAACUUAUGACAAAGCAAUCUUAGUUUGAAAGAGUAUAACCUCAUAAACGAGCAAAAGCUGUACCAUAAAAUCAGUCAAACUUUGUUGGUUGUCUUUCGUACUGCCAAAAUUCUAACAGGGAGAUAGAGAUUUUUCUAAGAUACUGAGUUUAGUUCAAUGUCUAAAAAAAAUUAAUGCUUUAAUAAGAAUUCACAGGAUUUAACUAUUAAAAUAAAAAUGUACUUCACAAAUUAAUCACAUAUCAAUACUUCACAGGAAUUAUUGUAACUUCCUUUCUAGAUGGGUAUGAAUGGAGUAAAUGGUGCAACAGCAAAGGAUAUAGCUGUACCCUUGCUAGUAAAUGGUACUAUCCAACAGAAAGUGACUUGCCUUAGACUUUGUGCAGGAAGAUUGUGUUAUGUCUGUGUACAAAGCCUAGGAGUCCGUGUGUAUCCCUCUCUGCCUAAAGUAUACCACUGGUUUCAAACAGUGAAAGAAAAUGCAUCCAACAAAAUAAAUCAGCUACACGUCCUGGAGUCUUAUUUAUGCAGGAGCUGUGUACAGUUGUUGUUUAACCAUACAGGUGAAAAAUACCUCCUCCGUAUAAUGCCUAAUCCCUCAGAAGUUGGUUUCCAUCCUAAUCUAGCCCCUUUUAUUAUGGGAUAUAUAUCAAUGUCAUCCAAAAUAACUUCCUCUGUCCACUGAUGCAGGGAAUUGUUACGAGCAGGCAGUUCAAUGUGCACAAGAAGUUUUAGCUUUACUUUUAAGGAAUUAAAUAUGAAAGAUGAACGUCAGAAGCUCCAUAGCUCAAAUUAGUAUUGGUAAGUGUAGUCACAAUUGAUUGGUGUGUCAUUUUGUGUUUGUAAAAGACAAAAUGAUCAUCUAACCUAAUCACUCCUUUUUCCCAUAUGUUUGAAAAGAAAAUGACCACCAGAAAUGAUACUUUUCUGGUAACAAAAAUGUAGUGAAUGGUUCCAAGAUCCUUUUUUUUAUUAUUAUUAUUUUUGUGGAGAAUAUGGUAUGUCUUGAUGGAGAUAGGAAUAUCCAAGCAAGAAGUCCUUCAGGAAUAUGUUUCAAGAUCUGGCCCAGGUGGAAAAGUUACAUCUUUAAUUACACCAGUCUCUGUUUAUAAAUUCUGAUUUUAGUUGAAGUGCUUGCAAGGUGAACAAGCUCCCUUAAACUUAACAUCUUAAAUGUUUCUUUAGACCAGCUGAGCUCUAAUUUACAGUGGACAUGCUGAGAAGACAACUAAAGAAAAGAGCACAUUAAUCUAUUUUUGCAUUACCUGCUAACUGCAUACUCUUAAUGUUCCUUGUGUGAAGAAGCGAAAGUGUAAGCAGAAUGUAUGUAAGCAGCACUAAUAGAAUCUGACUCUAUACCCCCUUCUCAAGCUCACUGGAGUCUACAGGCUGCAAAUUCUUCUGUUUCAAAGGUAGUCACAGGCACUCGGUCACUAAAAAAGGGUGGAGCUGUUCAGUCACUUAGCAUCAGUUAGUUAAGCAAAGUCAGUGGUCAGGCCAAUAUUCUACUUUCUGAACAUCCACUUUGGGACUAAAGGGAUCUAAUUUGUGAUUGAUAUGCAUCCAAUACAUAACUGCCAUCCCUGAACCUGAAAUAAUCUAUGUCAAGCUGAUUAUUGUUUGCAGAGAAUAAAUCAAAAUGCUUCAAUGCAAAGCCCAGUUGUUGAUGGCACAGAUCUCUAAGCAAAAAAAAAUUUGCCAUCUGACUGAUCAUCUCUUGCUGUAACAGCCUUCAGCUGUGAAUUAAUCUAAGCAAGGAAAAUCUCUUAAGAUUACAUGUGUUUGUUGAGUCUCAUUAGUCUCACCUUUAAACAGAAUGCAGAAUUCUGAUUCCUUCUGUCUUUAUUUUCAUUGAGGUACAUCUACAGGGUAAUUGGAUGCAGUGAGUUUGAAAUAAUUUAAUAUGCUGACUUUUCUAAGUAGGAAAUUUGACUGCUAUUCACAGUUCUUCAGUGGUAUGUUGGUUUCUGUAAAACUAGCAAUAUUAUGUGGAGCUUGGAGGUCAUCUAUCAGUAUUGUCAGUCAUCCAUGGUUCUACAUAAUUGACUUACUGCAGAUAUUUUUUGCUGAACAAAUUUACGCUGAUCCUAAACUAUUUAAGCAUUCUGGUGGAAGUAGCUGGCUUUCUGGGAUGCCAAUUACUGGUCGUCACAAGUAUAUUUCCGUGAAGGGUCUGAUUCUACUGUGAGGCUUCCAAAUGCAGAAGAAUAAGCUAAAUGCUUUUCCACUGAUGGAGGUGUAAUGCUGCUAGGUAACUAGAUCUGAAGUUUUUUUGCAAGGUUCAAGAAAAUACUCUUGGUGCUGGCUGGAGAUAGAGAUCUCUGGAUGAGCAUGCGCAGACACUGAGGACUACAUUUCCCACAGAAAUUGAGCAGGCAGCAUCAGUUUCUAAAAUGCAAAACAAUUUCCAGCAAAAAGACUGAGAGUAAUAGGAAAAAUGGGGAAAAAAAAUGUUCAGAAUAAUACCUAGAAAAGCUACUACAUAAUGGCUUCUUCUUGAGUACAGUGUUUUCUUCUACGUGUACAGUAUUGGAGGUAGGGAGUAUCUCACACUUUGUGUGUUUUCUUUAUGGCUCUUGAUACCUGUUGGUUCAGUGACUUUCAGCCAAAAGACAGAUAAUAGGUUUUUGUGAAUUUCAUGAUUCUCUCUUCUCUCUUGGGUACAGAUCAUGUAUGGUAGGGGCAGUCAUUCUGGUUAAAGAGCUGAUGAGGAACAAAAUAGCUUCCUCUUCUACAUUUAGAUACUGCACAGUUUUAAAGGGUUUGAUUCCUGGGCUACUAGAAGAGGGAUAACUUUGUGUUUGAAAGGUAGUAAGGAUCCAGACUAGAAUGGAUGUGGCUCCUGAAAAGAGUUUUGUGGCUGGUAGUUCAUAUGGCUGUUUUCAGUGAUUAAUCUACACUUUAGCCAGUUAAUCUUGAUGUGUUGAUAGGGCACCCUCACAGACAGAUCAAAACUACCAACAGCACUGUCAGAUGCUCUUAACAUUUAUUAAGUGCCUUAUACAGAGCAUCAAUGAGGCAAUGAUUCAAUUGGAACAAAGUUUGUAAGAGAUUUACUCCUCUGGAUGGAGUCACAAGUUGUCGGUUGUAACGAAGGUGAUGUUCGUGGUUAUAACGCUAGAAUCUUAUGUUUUAUUGCUCAUACAAAUACCUAAUAAGAAACAGUCCAGAAAUUUCAGAGGCUUUCAAUUCGUGAAACGUGUUCUUUGGAGGAGAUUUUUUUUUCCUUGUGGUCAGCUGUGAUAGUCUGCUUGGAAUAUCACAGAAGUGAAUAAAACUUGAAUAUUUCUGGAUGCUUUCACACUUCUCAAUUUCCCAAUCGAGAGUAGUACUACCUUUCUUGGGAAGGGGUACAUAAGUUGGUUUUAUUCAUAGGAUUUGUGUUUAUCUAAUAUUGUUUUUAAGGGUUUUAUUGUCAGAAAAAGGGCUUGUUAUUUUGAAAAUAAAAAUCUUACCUGCCAGGUGUCUUCCCCAAAAUGAGUAAGUGCCUUUUCUGUUCUGACUCUUAGAAGUAUUUACGUUGUCAGAUUGAAUCUGAAUGUCCUGGAUAAACCAAGAACUAAGUACCAAGUGUUACCAAUGGUUUGAAAUCCUUUCACUGAAAGAGCAAGAGACAGAAUGUAAGCCACUUGAAUUAUUUUGAGACCUGAUGUUAUCAGAAGUUUUAUAACUGCAUAUGAAUAGUAUACUUCUAAGAACAAUGUAACUUUUCAGGAACUUGAUAUUGAUUAGGAAAUAAAUAUUUAUUAAAGUAAGUAUAUUAAAUAAAUAUUUAUUUACCAAUUUAAGUAAGAGAAAAUUUUACACCAUGGGGGCAGCUGUCUUGCUGUGAGCAGUCCUGACUACUUAAUGGAAAGUAAACUGAGGCCCUGAACUCCGACUGUGAAAGAGUGCAUUUGGUGAGAUAUUGGGACUGUGAAUCUUAGGUCUACGUUCUAAGAAAGUAAUUCUUCCCACCUAAGUUUUAACCAAUUCUCAAGCAGGAAAGAAGGCAUGAGCAGAUGUCAGUAAGAGGCCCUCUGGUAUUAUUGGUGCUGCUUCCUAUCUCUAGAGGAUUUUUUUUUUUUUUUAAUCUUUGCUCAGGACUGGUACAGCUGAAAGUAUAUUUUCCCUUCAUUCUUAAGCCUAGAUUUUGAAUGGAGUUUCUCUGAGACACUUUUGUAGUGAAAUCGUAUUCCCUACGAACAUUGAAGACAAAAAUAAACAUCUCUGUGAACAAAA